CCUUGAAGGUGUAUGCGCUCCAUCAGCCAGCUGCACACUCUUGAGCAGCUGACAGGCUCUGCUCCAAGACCAGAAGAGAGAGGACGCCAACACACCAGAACCAAGAGCUGCGGACUUCUUUUUGGUCCAGGACUCUUUCCAUGACAGGGAUCUGGGUAAGGGCCGGCUUCUGAUUUGCACUGGCUGCUGCUCCACUCCAUCCGCAGCAGGCAAGCCAUUAUGCAUCCAACUAGAGCAGUAUUUUAAGCUUACUCUCCAAGCAUCAUCUCUGCAAAAGCAGUGCAAGCUGGUGAGAGACGACUGCUCCGGACCCUAAAGAGUCUGGAGUCCUUCCCAGCGAAUUGUCUCUCACCCUGCGGAGCACGCCAGCUCAAUUACUGGAGAAUGAGGUUGGUCCUUGCCACCGCCCUCCCCUCCUGUCUUCAGUAAGAGCAGGGAAGAGGAGAUCUGCUCCAGUGCGCGCACGGGAGUGACCAAGUGCAGCUGGCUACCAGGGCAGUGACCUGGACGCGGGUCCUUUCCUCUUUCCGCGGCUACACCCGCCCUGUGCGCCCUGACCACAGUGCUGGACCAUCCCGGCAGGGCUCUGGGGUGACAUCACUCCUGAAGAUAGUCGCGCUCUGAUCCUUGCCUUCAUAAAGCCUCUAUCAGUGUGUUUGUGGAUCUCUGGAGAGGGCUUCCUGGGAAGGUGAGCAGCGACCGACCAGAACGGAGGAGGCAAAAGAGCAGAGGAGAGUGAAGGAGUACUCCAGAGGGCAGCGACAUGAAAUUCAACGCUGCACACUACCUGCUGCCCCUGCUGCCUGCACUCGUCCUCAGCACCAGACAGGACUAUGAAGAGCUAGAGAAGCAGCUGAAGGAAGUCUUUAAGGAACGCAGCACCGUCCUGCGGCAGCUGACAAAGACAUCCAGAGAACUGGACGGGAUCAAAGUCAACCUUCAGUCUUUGAAAAAUGACGAGCAGUCUUCGAAAACGGAUGUCCAGAAGCUUCUGGAGCUGGGCCAGAAACAGAGGGAAGAAAUGAAGUCUCUCCAGGACGCCUUGCAGAAGCAGCUUAGAGAGACAUCUGAGAAAGCAGAGAAACACCAGGCCACAAUUAAUUUUUUGAAGACUGAAGUGGAAAGAAAGAGCAAAAUGAUCCGAGACUUACAGAAUGAGAAUAAAAGCUUGAAAACCAAACUGUUGUCAGGAAGCAAGCUGUGUGGGAUUCAUGCAGAAGAGUCAAAAAAAAUCCAAGCCCAACUGAAAGAGCUCCGUUAUGGGAAGAAGGAUUUAUUAUUUAAGGCCCAGCAGCUCACCGAACUGGAACAAAAAUUAGCUGUAGCCAAAAACGAACUUGAGAAAGCAGCUCUUGACAGGGAAUCGCAGAUGAAAGCCAUGAAAGAGACUGUGCAGCUCUGCUUGACGUCUGUUUUCCGUGAUCAGCCUCCUCCUUUGAGUCUCAGCCCAUCAAAUCCAGCACAGAUGUUGCAUCCACCCAGGACCAUUGCUUCCAAGAUUCCAGAUUCGAGGGCAAAAAGCAAGCCACAAAAAAGUUCUCCAGGAAUCCAUGAGAGCUCCCGAGUUCAGGCAACAAAGGAAGAGAAGAGGAGAACCUCUGUGUGUGGUCCCCAAGAUGAGGGUAGUUCCUGUUUGGUGAAGCAUGAGGAGGGUCCCCAAAGAAACUUCACUGCAGAAUCAGAGCCUGAAACACAGAAAUUGCAGAUGCCUCUUUGUUCUGAAUGUGAAGAGAAAAAAGGCUCAGAGAAACAAUCAGCCAGCUUCGAUGGGAUUCCAGCUAGAGAAGAAAAAAUACUGUAAACAGGAGACACAGAGGAGUCAAAGGCAUCUAUUUCCUGCUAAUGUUUCUAAAGUGCAGGCUCGAUGGGAACACUAUGUUUCUAAAGCAUGCAACUUUUUCAGCCUUUUCUGUAACUUUAUAAAGUUGACCACCACCCAAUUUCCAAAAGAUUACAGGCCAAUUAUGAGUUUUAGCAAUAAUCUACCGAAAAGAUUUUCUUCACUUAUACAUAUCUAAUUGUCUUCCCUAAAAUUACCCAGCAUAAAUUGAUCUUUUUUGAGCUUAAUGCAACCUUAGCCUUUCUUGGCCUUUGUGGGGAUAUCUAGUACUUCUAAGGUCUAGCUGCUAACAUCAGCUGGAGGAUGCUCAAAUGUGGGUCCUCAGUGUUUUUAAAAUCCAAAUUGCAUACAGAUGAAGGUUUUGGUCCACAGUGGCCAUCUGGUGUCAUUUCCCCCAAAGUUGUAAUUUGCAGAUGAGAAUACACGAUUCUUAGGUAUUUAUUGCUUGGAUCAUUACAUUGACUUAAUAACCAUUUGAUAUAAAUUAGGCCCACCUAAUUCUGUCAAUGGUAAGUUAGUUACUAGAAUUCAUUAGUUAGAUUUAAUAUGAUAUACAUACAGGGUUUUGUUUUUUGUUGGUUUUAGAAUGAAUUACAGAUAUAUUUCAUACUAUUUUUUAAAAUUUUAAAGCCUUCUUUGUGCAUACACACUGAUAUUGUGAAAUCUGUAACUCCUUGGAGGAAUGACUGGAUAAAGAGUUUCAGGUUUGAGCAACCUUGUUUUCCAGUUGUGCAUUGGCAUUGCUUUGACUUCCUGUCCUAGAAUCUGAUAAUAUAAUCAGUUUGCUUUUCUUAACUCUUGGAAGGAUAAUAAAAAGGUAAAAUUUCCUCCUGAAAUGUAUACAGUCAUGUGUAGCCACAAGUUUUCUCUAGGUUGUCUGUCAUAAUAGUCACUCCUAUAUUUGAAAGAAACACCUUAAGAGCAGAUUUUUUUCUAAGAAUUUUCAAGUAACAUUUUAAAAGUUCUUUUAAUAGUUUCAUUGGGUUAUUUUUAGUGUUAUUUGCAGUUAUUCUUUAAUUAAUGUGUUUUAUCUCUCUUAGCCCUUCCCUUGCUUUGAGAUUUGAACAGAGAUGUCUACAUGUUUUCCUUACCCAUGUGACUACUCACUCUAUCGAAGAGAUGCCCAUCUCCUACUCUUCUUAAUUAUCAACUUUACACUAGACAUUGUUUUGAAAAUAUUUAAACACUGACCAUACUCAUAUGGAAAAAAUAUUAUCUAAUAUAUUGACAAUACAUGGUGUGAUUCUGUCAUAUACUUGCAAGGUUAAGAGAAGAAAUACAACUUAGAUUUUACAACUGUGGAUUAAUCACUGUUGCGGACACCCCUGUACUUUCUAACGGAAUAACAUAUUUAAUAUGUCCUUCCGCAACUAAGAACAGUUUUUCUCUAUUUUAUAUUAGUAUAAUAAUUCAAUUUAAAAUGUGAAUCAACUACAAUGUAUUCAUUUGUAAAUUAGAAAACUUUUUGAACUUUGUCUUUCUUUGUAUGUACAUAAAUAUGUCAAUUAAACUAGUGCCUAAGACCUGUGAACCCUGAAUGAGCGCUGGCUGUGUCUAUUGAAUAGAGUGUGCCCAGAAGAGGACGGUGUCAGUCAUUGGUCUGGGUAAAGAUUUCUUCACAGUUUCAGCUGUCUGAAUGCUGACAAUGCCAAUGGCUGACAUUUUUUUCCUGUCUUUGAGCAGGUGACUAGUAUAGCAUUGCUGCUUCACUCACGAUUCUGUCUCCUAAAAUACACUGAGCUACAAGCUCAAUGCAGUUUUCUCUUUCGUUUCGCUUUGUUUUGAGGCGCACAUUUGCCGUUUCAGAUGGACAAGGUGUACAGCUUCGCUGAAAUGGAGUCUGUGAAUUUGCUACCAGGGAAUCUUUUAUUUUUAUAGCUCAGGUAAUGUAAAUUAGCACUAACUACAGCAGAGGCGGUAAUAAUGGUUUACGGUAUAGAGUGGGGAAAGCUGGCAGAGUAACGAACAUGAUGCUGGUUUAUGUAGGGGGCUGUACUGUCAGAAGGUCUACAUCCCCGAGCUAUGCAUUCAGCUGGAUUGUGUCACAUACUACUAAUGGUCAAGCAUUGAUAAAUAAAAAAAAGUGCUGAAAA